AUGGGACUGGAGACAUCGAUACGUCCCAUCUCGACUGCAGGCGCUGCUGCCACCAGCAUGGCACGCAGCAGCGCCCACAGACCUCAUCGAGCAUUCAUUGCCCUCGGCAGCAAUAUGGGCGAUCGCAUCUCGUGGAUCGAAAAGGCGUGCAAUGCCAUGGAGAGCACUCCAGACAUCAAGAUUCGACGCACGAGUAGCCUGUGGGAGACGACAGCCAUGUACGUGCUGGACCAGGAGAACUUUGUGAACGGAGCGUGCGAGAUCGAAACCUCACUGGGCCCAAUCCAUCUGCUCGACCGUCUCCAGUCCAUCGAGAACGACCUGGGCCGCGUCAAGGUCAUCGACAAAGGCCCUCGCAAUAUCGACCUCGACAUCCUCCUCUACGACGACAGGACCAUCUCUCACCCCCGUCUCCAAGUCCCGCACGCGCUCAUGCUCGAGCGCGAAUUCGUCCUCCGUCCUCUCUGCGAGCUCAUCCCAGCAUCCACCCUCCCUGGAUCCCCAUCCGGCACCACUCUAUCCAACCAUCUCGCAGCUCUCCCGGCCUCGCCCACGCCCCUAUCCACAAUCACCUCUCUAGCCCCCGGCAUCCCCCCUAUCGCCUCCCUCCACACCCACCGCAACACCCUCCUCAUGUCCAUCCUCAACCUGACCCCAGACUCCUUCUCCAACGGCCCUUCUCCCCCCGCCCUCACCAACCCACUCGCCCUCGCAAACGCCGAGCUCGCCCGCCUCUCCCCCUUCCUCGACUCCCUCUCCGCCCUCCCCCCCAACAUCGCCCUCAGCAUCGACACCUUCCACGCCUCCGUCGCCGCCGCCGCCCUCGACGCCGGCAUCCACAUCAUCAACGACGUCUCCGCCGCCUCCCUCGACCCCGCCAUGCUCCCCCUCGCCGCCUCCCGCCACUGCACCCUCAUCCUCAUGCACAUGCGCGGCUCCCCCGCCACAAUGUCCAAACUGACCUCCUACCCGCACGGCGUCGUCCACGGCGUCGCCACCGAACUCGCCGCCCGCGUCGCCGCCGCCGAAGCAGCAGGCGUGCGUCGCUGGCGCAUCGUGCUGGACCCGGGGCUCGGCUUCGCGAAGACGCCCGCCCAGAGCAUCGAGCUCCUGCGUCGCUUGCCGGAGCUGCGCCGCUGGCCUGGGCUCGAGGGCUUGCCGUGGCUUGUUGGGCCCAGUCGGAAGGGCUUUGUGGGUGUUGUCACGGGCGAGAGGGAUGCGGCGAGGCGUGAGUUUGGGACGGCGGCGGCGGUGAGUGCGUGUGUGGCGGGGGGCGCGGAUGUGGUUAGGGUGCAUGAUACGGGGGAGAUGGCGCGGGUGGUGCGGAUGGCGGAUGCGGUGUGGCGGUUUUGA